AUGCUGUACGAUUUAAUCGGUGUAUAUGGAAAAGUUGGUCAAAGUGGCCGAAAUGAUGAUGAUGUCUGCGAUCGAUAUAGUCAUCGUUGGACAGUAAUUUUACUCGGCGUUUUUAUUAUUGCUAUAAGUGCUAAACAAUUUGUUGGUAUGCUUUUAUAUUCUUUGAUUAUCGUAAUAUUAUUUACAAAUUAUUUUUUCUUAGGUACAUCUAUUGAAUGCAUUCCACCGUCUGAUUUUGCAGGAAAUCAUAAAACAUAUGUAGAAAAUUUUUGUUGGAUUCAUUAUACAUAUUCUGUUGAUGAUAACACAGCAUUAACACGUGAUUUUGUUCGAGGUGCUAAUGGUUCACAUAAAACUCCUUAUUAUAUUUGGAUACCAUAUAUAUUUAUUGCUGCUGCAUUAUGUACAUAUUUACCAGCUUGGUUAUGGCAUGUUAUUGGUCAUCGUGCGGCAUUUGAUGUUCCAGCUAUGAUAAAUCAAUUAGGAAAAAUGAAAUUAUCUAAUCCUGAAGAUCGUCGAUCAAAUUUGACCAUAAUGGCAAAACAUUAUGAAAAAGUCGAACAAUAUUCAAGAUCAAAUAUACGUAUAACAGAUAAUCUAUUUAAACAAAUCAUGUCAGCAUGUAUGUUUUUUGCUGGUGGUGGAGUACUAACAGGAAUUUAUUUCUUAAUUAAAAUUUUUUAUUUAAUUAAUGCUGUUGGACAAUUUUUCUUAAUGAAUUAUUUCCUUAAUAUUGAUUAUUGGUCAUAUGGACAAAAAGUUCUUCGUGGUGCUUUUUCUGGACGUGAUGGGACGGAAAAUAAAAUCUUUUUUCCACGUAUUGUCUAUUGUGAUUUUACUAUUCGAUAUGUAGGAGAUAAUAAUUUGAAUUAUACGGUUCAAUGUACACUACCUGUUAAUCUUUAUAAUGAACGUAUAUUUGCAUUUUAUUGGUUUUGGUUAAUAUUUUUGACUUGUGCAACAUUAUAUGGUAUUAUUGUUUGGCUUGGACAAAUGAGUUAUCGUGGUCGUCGUAGUUUUUUAAAGAAACAUUUACGUAUUAAUCGAGAAUUAGCUAUGACACAACAUGAAAGACGUUUAUUUGAUGCAUUUGCUGAUCGUUAUCUUGGUGGUGAUGGCAUACUUUUUCUUCGUCUUGUUGCUAAAAAUACAAAUCCAGUAGUAGCUGGUGAACUUUUAGGAAUUAUGUGGGAUCGAUUUGUAACACGUGAAAAUGCUGUUGUUAUUGUUGCAGCAAUGGGAAAUAAUAAUGAUAGUGGUAAAACUCUUGAUACUGAUACAUAUUUAAAUGGUAGUGGUUCGCGAAAAUUUAUUGAUGAUCGUACACUACCCUUUAAUCAACCAUUAAAACAAGAAUAA